AUGUCUCUCGAGGCGAAGGAUUGCCAACGCCUUCAGCGCUAUCUGAUGGACAGUAGCGACGAGGAGCAAGACAUGGUCAUGGGACCCACUGGAUGGAUGGGCAAGCCUCGACUCGAGAAUCUGAGCCUCAUCGGAACCUCCCAAACGAAGAAACCCGCCAAAAAGGUGAUCCCCAAAAAGCGUAAGAUCAUUGUGGAAUCUGAUGACGACGGCGGGCAGCCAGAUUACACCAAGGCGACGACGCUACGCCAGCAGCACGAUCAGGCUGUGAAAAGGAAGAAACACGCGAAAAAAGCCCUAGACGACGAGUUCUCGGAUGAAGCGCCAACGUUCUCCGACGAUGAGAACGACAACCGAAAGGCCGACCAGUUUUCGGAGGACGAAUUCAGCGCUCCCGAGGAAGGAAAACCGACAAAGAAACGCGUGAAAAGAGAGCACGAAGAAUGCCUGAUGUAUUUCAACUCACUCAAAGAGGAACAGCUCUCCGAAAUGCCGAAAGUCACGAAGAAGCUGUCCGAGCUGCUCAUCGCCAAUCAGCCGUACCAGGAUUUUGAGCAAUUGACGUCAAAACUCGGGAAAGAGCGUGGCGGUCGUGUGAUGAUCGAGGGAUACUUGGAAGAUCUGAGAAAGCGAGGAAUACUACGGCGUAUCCUCGAUUAUUGCAAUGUUGAUUCCACCAAUGUGGCCAAAGACUUCGAGAAUGUGCAGAACGACGUCACGGUGCCAAGUCUUCUCAAUAAAGACUACCAACUGCACCGCUAUCAGCGCGAAGGUCUCAAUUGGUUGAUAAUGAUGCACAAGAAGAAGUUGAGCUGUAUUCUGGCUGAUGAAAUGGGUCUCGGCAAGACGAUCCAAAUCAUUGCGUUUUGCGCGUGGUUGAAGGAGAACAAUGUGAAGGGCACUCAGAUGAUCAUCGUCCCGUCUUCUACUAUUGAGAAUUGGAUGGCCGAGAUUCAGAAAUGGUGUCCUUCUUUGAAGUUGUUGACGUACUACGGAACCCAAGAUGAGCGCUAUCAAAUGCGGGUAUCCGUCAAAAGGAAUCAGACUCCCGUGGAUAUCCUGUUGACCACCUACAAUUUGGCGACAAAACCCGACGAUAGGAAGAUUCAGAAGCAAUUUAAGAUAAACUACGUAAUCUACGAUGAGGGCCAUAUGCUGAAGAAUUGUGGCUCGCAACGUUUCCAACAAAUGAUCACUAUUCAGAGCAAUCGAAAGAUCCUUCUGACGGGCACCCCACUACAGAACAAUCUCAUCGAACUGAUCUCACUGAUGUAUUUUGUGAUGAAGGACAUCUUUGACAAAUAUUGCGAUGAUAUGAAGGAAUUGUUGGCCCAUUUCAAACAGCAAGGUGGCCGCGUCUCGGAUUCCAGCGAACAAGCGAUGUAUCAACGUGAUCGUAUCGAACAGGCAAAGGCCAUCCUUGAGCCCUAUGUCCUCAGGAGAAUCAAGUCACAGGUACUCACCGAAUUGCCAUCAAAAACCGAGGAAACUGUGACGAUUGAGAUGACGGAUCACCAAGUGAUGCUCUACAAUUUCCAGCUUGAGGAUUCCACUGAGCUACAAAGUGCGGAUGGUGUCAAACUGCGUGAGCUGUACACUGGACUCAUGCGUCUUAGACAGGCGGCCAAUCAUCCCCUGCUCACGCGUUCUAUCUACGACGAUGACGAAUGCCUGAAAAUUGCCAAGAAGCUGCGCAAGGAGCGCGGCUACGAGAAGAAGCAAACGGAACAUAUCGCCCAGGAUCUCACGUGUCUCUCCGAUUUUCAGAUUCACAACAUUUGUGCUAAGUUUACCUCAACUGCCGAAUUCCUACUGGACGAUCAGCUGGCGCUUUGCAGUGGAAAAUGCGCAUAUUUGGAUAAGGAGCUGACGCGCAUCAAGGAAUUGGGCGAGAAAGUGCUAGUGUUCUCCCAAUUCACGGAAAUGCUCGACAUUCUGGAAACGUAUAUGGAAGUGAAGGGACAUUCCUUUUUGAGAUUGGAUGGACAGACACCAGUUCUUGAUAGACAAGAUCUGAUCAAUGAAUUCAACGAGGAUCCCUCGAUAUUCGUCUUCCUUCUGUCGACUCGUGCUGGUGGAUUGGGCAUCAAUCUGACGGCCGCCAAUCAUAUCAUCAUUCACGACAUCGAUUUCAACCCCUAUAAUGAUAAACAGGCCGAAGAUCGUUGCCAUCGCCUGGGUCAGAAGAAGCCAGUGCAUGUUGUUCGGCUUGUUUCCAAAUAUACGGUGGAGGAGGGCAUGGAAAGAUUGGCAAAACGGAAGUUGGAACUCGAACGGGAAGUGACCGUGGCCACCCGCGGAGCAGCUCAAGCCACCAGCAGCAGCACAGCGGAUGGAACGGAGGGCCAUAGUGAGGAGGAGGAAGAUGCGAAUGAAUUGAGACAGAUCAUGGCACAGGCCACCAAGAUUCCAAGAUCCCAAAACAAA